CAGGCGGCGCCGGAAGUGGUGUGAUUUUUGUCUCCCGCUGCCUGCAGGUUUCCUCUCGGAGAAGCUCGGAGUACACACAGCGAUCAUGGCGGAUGUUCUGGAUCUACAUGAGGCCGGCGGGGAGGAUUUCGCCAUGGAUGAGGACGGGGAUGAAAGUAUUCACAAGCUGAAGGAGAAGGCCAAGAAGAGGAAAGGCCGAGGAUUCGGUGCAGAGGAGGGGUCCCGUGCCCGCGUCCGAGAGGACUACGAAAGCGUAGAACAGGAUGGAGAUGAGCCCGGUCCUCAGAGAUCUGUGGAGGGCUGGAUCCUCUUUAUCACCGGGGUCCACGAGGAGGCGACAGAAGAGGACAUCCACGAUAAGUUUGCGGAAUUCGGAGAAAUCAAAAACGUACAUCUGAACCUGGACCGGAGGACAGGCUUCCUGAAGGGAUACGCAUUGGUGGAAUACGAGACUUACAAAGAGGCCCUGGCAGCUAUGGAAGGCUUGAACGGUCAGGACCUUAUGGGGCAGCCGGUCAGCGUGGACUGGGGUUUUGUUCGUGGACCACCAAAGGGAAAAAGACGAAGCGGGCGGAGGAGGAGCAGAAGUCCAGACAGGAGACGACGUUAAAGAUUCCCCAUCACAUCCUCAUCCUACAUCAGUUUCAGUUCUGAACCUUUUAGUGUUUUUAUUAUACUAUGUUUGUUAGAGUGAUUUAAUUUGGGUAUCUGUGAGGUGCUGGGUGCACCUCCUCCAGGGUAAGGGCGCAGUCUGGUCUGAAGAU